CGUGUAGCUUCGUGAAGAAGGAUUGCACCAGUCAGGACGAGCCCGCCUGGCCAUCAGGGAACCACAUUCUUGAUGGGCAGUUGACUGUUUGAAGAGAAGCAAAGAUGACAGCCACUCCCAAUUUUCUGAUGGUGUUUGUGCUACCUAUCCUGACAGUAGCUGGAAAAGAAGUUGCUCAGCCUUCCACACACUGCAGUCUGUUUGGAGAUGACCAUAUUAAGACCUUUGAUGUGUCUCUGUAUGACUUUGCUGGGGACUGCAGUUAUCUGUUGGCUGGAGACUGUCACAGGAGGUCCUUCUCACUCUUGGGUGACUAUCAGAAUGGAAGAAGAAACAGCCUCUCUCUUUAUCUUGGGGAAUAUUUUGAUGCCCGUCUGUCGUUAGAUGGCACUGUGACCCAGGGUGGCAAAAGGAUUUCCAUACCUUAUGCUUCCAACGGGGUGUUUAUAGAAACUGAGGCGGGUUAUUAUAAGAUGUCUAGUGAAGAGCACGGCUUCAUAGCCAAGGUGGACAUCAGUGGGAACAUCCAGAUUGCCCUUGCAAACAAACAUUAUAACAGGACAUGCGGGCUAUGUGGCAACUUCAACAGAUUUGCUGAGGACGAUUUUAUGACGCAGGAAGGCACUUUAGAAGAGAACGGCUACAAUUUUGCCAACUCCUGGGCCAUGCGCAGAGGAGAAGAGAGAUGCCAGAGAGCAGUUCCCCCGAAUCACAUUUGCAACAUUUCAUCUGAGAUGGUUGAUAAGGGCGUUCUACAGCAUUGCCAGCUUCUGAGGACUUCCCUUGUGUUUUCCAAAUGCCACCAUCUGGUUGAUCCCGAGAAAUUCAUUGCUCUCUGUGAAGAAGACAUGUGCUCGUGUGCCCAGGAAAGGACCUGCCACUGCCCAGUUUUCCUAGAGUAUGCCAGAAACUGUGCUCGGCAAGGCGUGAUUCUGGAAGGCUGGCCCGCAGAAAGUGCAUGCAGGCCAAGAUGUCCCGUUGGCUUGGAGUACAAGGAAUGCACUUCCCCUUGUGCCAGAACUUGCCAGAGCCUGCAUAUCAAUACAGGGUGUCAAGAAAAAUGUGUGGAUGGCUGCAGCUGCCCGGAGGGCAGGCUUCUAGAUGGUGACCAGUGUGUGGACAGUUCUGACUGCUCCUGUAUACAUUCUGGCAAGCACUACUCUCCUGGUUCUUCUGUCUACCGGGAUUGCAACUCAUGUAUUUGCAGGCAUGGCAUCUGGAUCUGCAGCAAUGAACCUUGCCCAGGUGAAUGUUCUGUCACUGGCCAAUCCCAUUUCAAAAGCUUUGACAACAAGCAUUUCACUUUCAGCGGCAUCUGUCACUACUUGUUUGCCAAAGACUGUGAGGACAGUUCCUUUUCUGUGAUCAUAGAUACAGUCCAGUGUGCAGAUGAUCCUGAUGCCGUGUGUACCCGCUCUGUUUCUGUCCAACUCCAGGAGGAGAACAGUAUUGUUAAACUGAAACAUGGUGGUGGGAUCUCUCUGAAUGGGCAGGAUGUCCAGAUUCCUUUCAUGCAAGGUGCCCUUCACAUCCAGCACACUGUAAUGUCUGCAGUUCGCCUCACAUACCGGAAGAACAUUCAUAUUGACUGGGAUGGCCGUGGAACACUUUUGAUGAAGUUGUCCUCGGAGUACACGGAGCGGACCUGUGGCCUGUGUGGAAAUUACAAUGGGAAUCAAGGAGAUGACUUCCUCACGCCUUCUGGGCUGGUGGAAACUCUUGUGGAAGAUUUCGGAAAUGCCUGGAAGCUCAAGGGAGAUUGCCAAGACGUGCAGAAACAGGAGAGUGAUUCUUGCAGUCUCACCCCUCGCUUAGCCAAGUAUGCUGAGCGUUCAUGCUCAGUGUUGGUCUCGCCUUUGUUUGAACCUUGUCACCAUGAAGUCAGCCCUUCUCCAUAUUUCAAGAAUUGCCGCUAUGAUGUCUGCGCUUGCUCUGAUGGCAAAGACUGUUUGUGUGCUGCUCUCUCAGCCUAUGCUGCGGCAUGUGCUUUGAAAGGCAUCCUCAUCGAUUGGAGGCAGCCGGACUUUUGUGCUUUAAGUUGUCCAGAAGGUCAGGUUUAUCAGCAAUGUGGAAGUCCGUGUAACCAAACUUGUCGGUCCCUGUCCUAUCCGGAUACAGAUUGUGAUGAAUCUUGCAUGGAAGGCUGUUACUGCCCUGUAGGUUUAUACCUCGAUCAGCAGGGAGAGUGUGUGCCAAAAUCCCAGUGCUCCUGUUACUAUGAUGGUGAGAUCUUCCAACCAGAUGAUGUCUUCUCUGAUCAUCACACUAUGUGCUAUUGCGAAAAUGGCUUCAUGCACUGCAACUCAAAUAGACUUCCGGGGGUCUUCCUGCCAGAUGUUGUCUUUCAACAACACCCGUCUGUCAGAGCAAAGCGAAGCUUGACCUGCAGACCUCCCAUGACGAUGUUUGUAUGUCCUGCCGAUGAUCCAAGAGCCGAAGGGGUCGAAUGUAUGAAGACCUGCCAGACCUAUGAAUUGGGCUGCAUUAGCCACGGAUGCGUGUCUGGCUGCCUUUGUCCUGCUGGUUGGGUGCGGCAUGGAAACAAAUGUAUUGUACCUGACAAAUGCCCCUGUUUUCACAAUGGACGAGAGUAUGCGGCUGGCGAGACGGUGACAAAAGACUGCAAUACUUGUGUCUGUCAUGCUCGAAAGUGGGAAUGCUCAGAGAACAUCUGUGAUGGUACCUGCUCAGCCAUUGGUACGGCCCAUUACUUAACCUUUGAUGGACUAAAAUAUCGGUUUCCAGGCAAUUGUCAAUAUGUACUGGUUCAGGAUUAUUGUGACAAUGAUGAUUUUGGAACCUUUCGGAUACUCGUGGCCAAUGAGGGCUGUAGCUUCACUGGAGAGAAGUGCACAAAAAAAAUCACUGUUCUCCUUGACAGCGGUGAAAUUGAACUUUACAAUGGAGAUGUUAACAUCUUGACACCUCCUAGCGAGGCUAAUGUUGAAGUCCUGAAGUCUGGACGUUACUACAUUCUGUUAUUGGGCAACGGAAUUUCUCUAGCUUGGGAUCAAGACAUGGGGAUUUCUGUUAUCUUGAAAGAAAACUACAAAGAUCGCGUCUGUGGUCUGUGUGGGAAUUUUGAUGGCAUCCAAAAUAAUGACUUCACCAGUAGCAGAAAGCAGCUUGAAAUUGAUCCAAAUGACUUUGGGAACUCCUGGAAAGUUAAUUCACAGUGCGCUGAUGUCCAAAAGCUUUCUCAGGGGCAAGACUUAGUUUCUUCGCUGUGUAAUGGCAACAUAGUGAAACAAGUGAUGGUGGAAACCUCUUGCAGUGUCUUGAACAGCGAUCUCUUCAGAGAGUGCAAAAAACUGGUGGAUCCUGAGCCCUAUAUGGAUAUCUGUAUGUAUGACACCUGUGCUUGUGAAUCCAUUGGGGACUGUGCCUGCUUCUGCGAUGCCAUUGCUGCUUAUGCUCACGUCUGUGCUCAGAAAGGGGCCGUCGUUCACUGGAGGUCCCCUUCUCUCUGCCCACAAAGUUGUGAGCACCUGAACCAGGAAGAGGAGGGAUACCAAUGUGAAUGGAGAUACAACAGUUGUGGUCCUGCAUGCCCAAGAACAUGCCAGCACUUGGAGCCUAUGGACUGCCCAGUGAAGUGUGUGGAAGGGUGCCAUGUGCACUGUCCUGCAGGGAAAAUACUCGAUGAGCUGUCCGAGUCUUGCAUUAAUCUCGAGGAAUGCCCUGUGUGUGAAGUAGAAGGUGUCCGGGUACCCCAUGGGAAACGGAUCGUUUUGAACUCUGGAGAUGUACAACUCUGCCAGUCCUGUCAUUGUGAAGGCCAAAACUUGACGUGCCACGCAUGUGAUCCGGGAGAGAAUGUUGAACCCCUGGCUUUAACCACCAUUCCUCCAGAAGAUCAAGUGACUCGAGAAUAUUCUUGUAGCAAAAUGAUGGAUCUUGCCUUCUUAAUGGAUGGCUCAAAUAAGCUGUCUGAAGAUGAUUUCGAACAGUUGAAAGCUUUCGUCAUCGGCAUGAUGGAAAAACUCCACAUUUCUCAAAAGAGAAUCCGUGUGUCCAUACUGGAAUACCGCACAGGCUCACACAUUUACUUGGGUCUCAAAGAUAUCAAAAAACCAUCUGAAAUGAGAAGGAUUGUCCAUAAUAUAAAAUAUACUGGUGGAGAUGUGGCGUCCGCAACGGAAGUACUGAAGUAUAUCGUCUUUCAUGUCUUUGGGAAGGCUCCACGGACAAAUGCUGCCAGAAUUGCUGUGUUGCUUACAGCCAGCAGAGACCCAAAGAGAAUUCAAACCAUUUUCCCCCUUUUGAAAAAGAAGAAAAUCACAGUAAUACCAAUCGGGCUCGGACCCCAUAUCAGCCUUGAGCAAAUUGAAUUAAUCGAAAGGCAGUCGCCUGAGAAUAAGGCCUUUAUUAUGAGCAGCGUGCUUGAGCUGAGGGAACGAAGGGAUGAAAUAAUUGAUUAUUUCUGUGGUCUUGUGCCUGAAAUAAGUUCGGUCUUACAAGUUACAACUCAGAGCCCUGUUACAACGCUUCCCAGUGUCCUUGCUGCUACAGAACCUGGAUUACGCCAGGAGUUACCAGGAGCAGCGCCAACUAUGUUUACCUCCACAUUCAGAGUCACUCCUAAGACCCUUGACAUGGUUUUUGUGCUCGAAGGCUCUGACAAAGUUGGCUCGGAGAAUUUUAGUUUGGUCAAAGAGUUCCUUGCCCGCACAAUCAGAGAAAUGGACAUAGGCGAAGAAACCAUUCAUAUCACCAUUUUGCAGUAUUCAUUCAUGAUUACUGUGGAGUAUUCCUUCAGUGACAGGCAGUCAAAGGCAGACCUGCUUAAGAGGGUGAAGGAAAUCAGAUACCGUGGAGGAAAUGCCACCAACACCGGCAAAGCUCUCCGCUUUCUCUCUGAACAAACCUUUGCACCAAGCAGAAAAAGACGGAACGCACCAAAUCUGGUUUACACGGUGACAGCAAACCCUGCCACAGAUACCAUCACUCGCCCUCCCAGGGAUAUCAAUGUCGUUCCUAUAGGUAUAGCACCAAAUGUGGAUAUACAAGAACUUGAAAAAAUAAGCCAACCACAAGUUCCGAUCAUCCUAGAGGGAUACAACAAGCUCGUCCAAGAAGGUCCUGACUUAGUAUUGAAAAAGUGCUGCUUUACAGAAGGAACUUGCAGCAAGCCACUGGAUGUGAUAUUUCUUCUGGAUGGGAGUUCAAAUGUUAGAGAAUCGCAAUUUGAGGAAAUGAAACACUUUGUGAAGGCAUUUAUUAACUACAUGGAUGUCGGACAUACUGCGAUGCAAGUGGCAGUUCUUCAGUAUGGCCAAGCAAGCACUUUGGAAAUCUCCUGGAAUCUGCCCCAGGAAAAAUCAAUGCUUCUAUCAAUGAUGAGCGCAAUUCGUCAAAGACAGCACGGUCCCAGCAAACUUGGGGAGGCAAUCGACUUCACAGUCCAGCAUGCCAUUUCUGAAGCCAGUGGGGGAAGGCCCAACGCAACCAAAAUAGCAGUGAUUAUUAUAUCAAACGAGUCGGAAGAUUCUGUGGAGGCUGCUGCAUAUUCUGCAAGCAUCAAUCGGGUAUUGUUGCUGCCUAUUGUCAUUGGGGACAGAUACAACAUAGCCCAACUGACUACUUUAGUGGGACCAUCCGCCACCAACAGGAUCAUUAAGUUGCAGUCAUUUGAGGAACUUUCUGCCAUGGUGACUUCGGAUGACAAAUUUGUCAAAAAGCUUUGCGCAGCAACUGUCCUGGAGUGCAUAGAUGAGGAUGGGAAUAAGAAGAGACCUGGGGACAAAUGGACAUUGCUGGAUCAGUGUCGCACGGUGACAUGCUUGCCGGGAGGAUACACCAUUCUGGAGAGCCACCGAAUCAAUUGCGAGAAGAUGCCGAGGCCGCUGUGUCGCAACAACAUGCCUGCAUUGAAAGUGGAAGAAACAUGUGGCUGUCGCUGGGUGUGUCCAUGCACGUGCAUGGGAAGUUCAACAAGGCAUAUCGUCACCUUUGAUGGACUGGAAUUUAAACUAACGGGAAAUUGUUCGUACACACUAUUUGAAGAUAAAGAACAUGGUCUCAAAGUGGUUCUUCACAAUGGGGCCUGCAGUUCAACCCCAAGACUCAACUGUAUGAAUUCCAUUGAGGUGACACACCAGUCCACAUCUGUGGAGCUGUUCAGCAACAUGUCGGUUACUGUGAAUGGUGAACUGUCCAUCCUUCCGUAUACCAACGAUCAUUUUGAAAUCAACGUUUAUGGAGCAAUAAUGCAUGAAAUCAGGUUCUCUCAUCUGGGGCACAUCUUUUCCUUCACUCCAAGCAACAAUGAGUUUACUUUCCAACUUAGCCCAAAGAGUUUUGCUCUGCAUACCUACGGCCUUUGUGGGAUUUGUGACCAAAACAGUGGUAAUGACUUCAUUUUGAAGGAUGGUUCCAUUGCACCCGACAGCAGCAUCUUUGUCCAAGAGUGGGCCGUGAGGCGACCAGGGAUAACCUGUGAGGUCAACAGAGCAGACAGAUGCAUUGAACAGGCCACCACCAAGUGCAGCAUUUUGCUCUCUGCUCAGUUUUAUGCAUGCCACCACAUCGUUCCUCCAAAUGCGUUCUAUGCAGCAUGCGAAGAAAACAACUGCCAUGGGGAUGAAGUAUGUGAGAUUGUGUCCUCCUAUGCACACCUCUGCAGGACGCAAGGAAUCUGUGUGGAAUGGAGAACUCCAGAGUUCUGUGCUAUGAAAUGUCCAGAGUCUUUGAUGUACGACUCCUGUCGAACAGGCUGCACAAGGCACUGUGAGAACAAUACCAAGACUGAAAUCUGCCUGGAUUAUCCUGCCGAAGGCUGUUUCUGUCCUUAUGGACAAGUGACUUUGGAGGGAAGUUGUGUGGAUGAAGAAGUCUGUACUCAGUGUGUUGGUGAUGAUGGGAUGCGCCACCAGCACUUGGAAACGUGGAUUCCUUCCAGCGAACCCUGUAACAUCUGUGUAUGCCUUGAUAAUAGGACCAUAAACUGCACGACUCGCCCUUGUCCAACUGCCAAACCGGUUUGUGGUCCUUGUGAAAUCCCAAGACUGAAGAGGGAUUACGAUCUGUGCUGUCCAAUCUAUGAAUGUGUUUGUGAUCUAGUCACUUGUGAGCUCCCCCCUGUUCCUCAUUGCGAAGAUGGCCUUCAGCUUGUGCUGACAAACGUUGGGGAAUGCAGACCGGAUUAUGCUUGUGUCUGCAAAAAAGACGAGUGCAAGCCGGAAUCCCCUCCUCUCUGUCCCCUACACCGGAAGCUUGCUGUGAAGAAGACCCAGUGCUGUGAUGAGUAUCAAUGUGUUUGCAGCUGUGUCAAUUCGACAGUGGCUUGCCCUGCUGGGUAUCUAUCUACAACUGUCUCAAAUGACUGUGGCUGUACAUCUACCACCUGCACUCCAGACAAGGUUUGUGUUCAUCAAAACAUUGUCUAUCCCAUUGGGAAGACUUGGGAAGAAGACUGUACAGAAUGUACCUGCACGGACAUGGAAGAUGCAGUUACGGGCCUUCGGAUCACAGAAUGUUUUAGGAAAGACUGCGACACAAAUUGUCCACCGGGACAUCAAUAUGUCAACAAAGAAGGCGUGUGCUGUGGGAAAUGUAUCAAAACAAUGUGUGAUGAAGCGUCGCUUUGGUCUCGGGGUGAUGAAGAUGUUCGUUGGCAUCAAGUUGGCUCAGAGUGGCAAUCCCCCACAGACCCGUGUGUCAUCAGGGAGUGUGUCCGUGUGAACGAGGAAGUCUUUAUUCAGGACAAGAACGUCUCCUGUGCACAGAUGGAGCCUCCUAGUUGCCCACUGGGAACAGAGCUGCACUGUGACAGAAAGACUGGCUGCUGUCCCUCAUGUCAUUGUGAUCCUGUGAAUGGCUGCGUCUUCAAUGGCACCAUUAUUGGGCCAGGGAAACGUGUGUUGUUGGAUCAGUGCACCAGCUGUACAUGCAACCUACAAAGGGGACUGAAUUUGAAAUACAAAUUGACAUGCGAAAAAACUACCUGUGAACCUUGCCCCCAGAAUUACAGAAUGGAAACAGUUCCUGGCUCGUGCUGCGGCAAAUGCUUGCCAACGGCGUGCACUAUACGGCUGAGGGAUAGAACCAUGCGAUAUUUGAAGGCCAAUGAGACAAUCCAAGAUGGAUGUGACAGCCAUUCUUGUAAAAUCAAUGGGAAAGGAGAGUUCAUAUGGGAAAAGAGAAUCACUGGUUGUCCACCAUUUGACUCCAUUAAAUGCUUGGCUGAAGGAGGUAAAAUUUCCAAGGUUGAAAAUACCUGCUGUGAGACAUGUGUGGAACCGGAAUGCAAACAAAUCACUGGCAGGCUGGAAUAUGUUAAAGUGGGUGACUGUAUGACUGUGAGCCAGCUGAAUAUCCAUUACUGCCAGGUAAUUUACCCUUAUUUUAAGAACAGCAAAAGGUUAUCUGAUCGCCUAGAAUUUCCUGCUGGAGAAGGCGGGAUCUUUUUAGAUGUCUACCAACAUCUUUUGAAAGAUUAUGUGCUGUCUGAUGACCAGGACAUGUUUGGGGAUGCAGAGACCAUCUUGGACGGAUUGCCUUCAAAGCAAGUCUCUGGUGGAAAAGAGCGUUCAGCUACUCCUGAGUCAAGUGCCAGGAAAUUUUCCCCCUGUUGCAUUAGCCACUGUGGAUAG